AAGUUGGAGCACAGAGGCUCUUUUUUUAUUUUUCAUUACUGAGCGGAAAUAAGAGUCACACUCAUUAUUGUUUCCUUUUAUUGGGGGUCUUGGACUGACAGAUGCCUGUUACCACAGCAACACAGCAACUUCUAUGCAGUAUGCGCUCAAAGCCGGCAAAGCAGAAAGAGAGCUGUGACCACCCAUUCCGUCUUCACGACUGACAAGUGCGCUCCGCUCCGAUGCAGGAGUGAGAGACAGCGACAAGAGACCAGCACAGAAUCCAGCAAUGCUGUUUAUAUGGGUCAGCUGACACAGACAAGCAGGCCCAUGUCGGUAAGGUCAGGAAGUCGACACAAUCUGGCUCAGCAGUGGAUAAAAAUACAGAUAUAUCAAGGUCACGUCGUAUCAAAGCGAUAUUGACACACCAAAACUAGUGUGGAGGCCAUGUGAAGCUCGAAAUGCGGUAAAGAGCAGCCAUUGGACUGUGUGGAGCUUUGCUGAACAGGCUCCUCAGUCACCAGCAUCAAUGGACAACAGUUUGCUCACCAUGAACUAACCUUGCUAUUUUUGACGGGUAUAAUUUGUUCGUUUUUCACUUUGAUAAACAGACAGCACCAUGGUUCUGCCACCACCAGACAAGCGGCAUGUGUGUUUAACCACCAUUGUGAUCAUGACCAGCAUGGCCUUCAUGGAUGCCUACCUUGUGGAGCAGAACCAGGGCCCACGCAAAAUUGGGGUCUGCAUCAUUGUCUUGGUUGGAGAUAUUUGCUUUCUUAUAGUCCUGCGAUACGUGGCAGUAUGGGUUGGUGCUGAGGUGAGGACUGCGAAGCGUGGCUAUGCCAUGAUCCUCUGGUUCCUCUACAUAUUUGUUCUGGAGAUCAAGCUGUACUUUGUCUUCCAGAACUACAAAGCCGACCGUAAAAGUCUGGAGACAGUAGCUCGGAAGGCAUUGACUUUGUUGCUAUCGGUGUGCGUACCUGGACUCUACCUCGUCCUGGUCGCGCUCGACAGUAUGGAGUAUGUAAGAACCUUCCGGAAGAAGGAGGACAUGCGGGGUCGACUCUUUUGGGUGGCACUUGACCUUCUGGAUGUCCUGGACAUCCAGGCUAACCUUUGGGAGCCUCAAAGGACAGGUCUGCCCAUCUGGGCCGAAGGUCUGAUGUUCUUCUACUGCUACAUCCUGUUGCUUAUCCUUCCUUGCGUUUCUCUGAGCGAGAUCAGCGUGCAGGGGGAGCAUGUGUCACCUCAGAAGAUGAUGCUCUACCCAGUCCUCAGCUUGGUGACCAUCAAUAUUGUCACCAUCCUCAUUAGAGGCGUCAACAUGGUGCUGUUCCAAGACAGCAGAGUCUCGACCAUCUUCAUAGGGAAGAACGUUGUUGCCAUUGCCACUAAGGCCUGCACCUUUCUGGAGUACAGGCGACAAGUAAAGGAGUUCCCCCCACAAGAUACAGCCGGGAUUGCCAUGGAGAUACAGCAGAACUCUGUGCCACACAAUCAAACUCUACCAAACGCCACGACCACCCUCCCAGAAGAGCCCUCACCGGUCCGUGAGGUCAUUGACACGUGACCAGAGCUGACAAAAACUUAAAAAGCCUUUAGUGUUAAGUGGUAAAGAAGACAACCUUCAUGAGUUCAGACUGGCACAUGAUGAAGUAUCCUUCUGGUC